GUAUGUUUUUCGUUUGUGAGCCACUUUUGUGUCGAGAUCGCAUGGAACCGACAGAAACUACACUGUGGUUCCAUGCGAUAAAUAAAGCUACUUUGUCUUUCGUACGGUUUACUUAUGUUACCGACAAACUUUGACAUUCCUGGGCAUUGGCCUUUGUAGUUUGUACCUAGGUUCAAGUGUGUUAGAAGUACGUGUAUAGUGACACGAUGAACAGUGGAAAGCUGGUUGGUCAGACUCUCUUUAUAACAGGUGCCAGUAGGGGCAUAGGAAAGGCGAUAGCAAUAAAAGCAGCCAGAGAUGGUGCAAAUGUUGUAAUAGCUGCCAAAACUAGUGAGCCACACCCAAAGUUGCCUGGCACAAUUUACAGUGCAGCUGAGGAAGUUGAGGCUGCAGGAGGGAAAUGUCUACCGUGCAUUGUUGAUGUUCGUGAUGAGAAGCAAGUAAUUUCAGCUGUAGAAGCAGCUGUUAAAAAAUUUGGAGGCAUUGACAUAGUGAUAAAUAAUGCAAGUGCAAUUUCACUUACUGGGACCCUUAAUACAGAAAUGAAGAGAUAUGACCUUAUGCAUCAGAUAAAUACCAGAGGCACAUUUUUGGUAUCAAAAGUGUGCUUGCCAUACUUGAAGAAUAGCAAAAAUCCUCAUAUAAUAAAUAUUAGUCCACCAUUGAACAUGUCUCCUCAUUGGUUCAAAAACCAUGUUGCAUAUACUAUGGCCAAAUAUGGGAUGUCAAUGUGUGUCUUGGGGAUGGCAGAUGAAUUUAAGGAAGAUGGAAUAGCAGUGAAUGCACUGUGGCCAAAAACAGCAAUUCAUACUGCUGCUAUUGAGAUGCUAAGUGGCCCAGAAUCAGGAAGAUACUCGCGGAAACCAGAAAUUGUUGCAGAUGCUGCUUAUGCAAUAAUGACAAAAGACCCAAAAACCUUUACAGGAAACUUUAUAAUUGAUGAAGACAUUUUAAGAGAAUGUGGCAUUCAAGAUUUUAAACAAUAUGCUGUUGAUCCAGCAAAUAAUGAUAAUUUAAUGCCAGACUUUUUCUUGGACUACAACCCAGAAGAAGGUGGACAUAAAUUAUCUGUUUCAACACAGAAAGGCGGCCAAAUAGAAAAAAUUUUUAAUGCAAUUCGUCACAGUAUGGGACCAGAACUAGUUUCUAAAACGAAUGCAGUUUUCCAAUUUGAAGUGAAAGGUGCUGAGGAAGGUGUUUGGCAUAUAGACUUGAAGAAUGGAAAUGGGGCGGCAGGAAAAGGCAAGCCAGCUUCAAAUCCUGAUGCGAUUUUAUCAAUGGAUGCAGCUGAUUUUUACAAUAUGUUUUCAGGAAAAUUAAAGCCAGCAGCUGCAUUCAUGUCUGGGAAAUUGAAGAUCACAGGAAACAUGCAGAAAGCUCUUAAACUGGAAAAAUUAAUGGGGCAGCUAAAAUCAAAGCUGUAAUGCUCAUUUCAGAAUUACACACAGAAACCAUGACGUUGAUGGCUAUGUGAAAAUAUUUUCUACUUUUUUAUGCUCAUCUGUAAAGUGAAUAUAUUUUUUAUAAGAUGUUUACUGCAAAAUUUUUUGUGUUUCUCACUGUGUCAUCAUUGCAUUUUAUUUUUAUAAAAGUAGAUACUUCUGCCAGUUUAAUGGAAUGGAUCCAGCAUUUUCUGGUGAGGAUGGCCUGCGUGUUGAAGUGUGUUUGCUGUUAAUUUCUGUAAAACAGUGUUUAAGUAAAAUUUUCCAUUAUUGGGAUUGCUAGGAGUCGUAUAAGAAGUGUGCAGCAGUUUUCUUUGUUGAUGAGAGAAAAUAGCAUUAUAAAUAAUUUCAGAGUUGCUGGUAGAUUAAGAGAAUACUGGAUUUGAAACAUGCAGUCAGAGUAUUUAAAUGAAAAUUUGACUCAUCACAACUGCAAUGAAAUUGAAAACUUAAUAUGCAAGGUUAUGCUCAUGUACAUCACCAAUCGUGCAAUGUUUUUCUAUGCUGUAGCACUCAUACUAACUUGAAGUAAAAUUUAAUACUUCAUGUAUAUGCCACUGAAAGUGGACUGGCGUCACAUGACAGAAAAAUAAGUGAUAUUUGUCUAGGUUUCAUGUCAGUUUAAUUAAAAUCGGAAGGUUAGAAGCUGACUGUCAUUGCCACAUUUAUUUGUGUACAUGGUUACGCAAUUUGUUGGAUUCUUGCCAGAGUGGAUGUUUUAAAGUUUCAUUUACACAUCAUGCAAAUCAUAAGUUCAGUAUAGGUUCAGUAUUUUCUGGUGUAACUGUUAAUAUUUGUACAUGUUGCAGUAUUGUAUUAUAUAAUAUAUUUUUACAGC